CACCUGGUUCACAUUAGCUUGAUUGACUCUCUGUCCUUUAAAGAGGGCUGGAGAUUCAGGUCUGGUGAUCUCUCUCAAUCCUCACAUCCAGAAAAGUUCACGAUGAUGCAUGCAGCCGUGGGUCUCUGGUUCCUAUCAGCGGUGAUCUACGUGGGCAGAGGUCAUCACUAUUUUGUUCACGGCAACGUCAAGACAGUCCAAGACGCUGUAGUUGACGACAGCACAGACAGCAUCUCCCUGGUGAACAACGCAAACAAAGGGUUUUCCUUCCGACUCUACAGGAAGUUAGCAGCUGAUGCUGACUCACGGGGACAGAAUAUCAUCUUCUCCCCGUUUUGUGUGUCGACCGCCUUGGCUGCGUUGUCCGUGGGAGCGCAGGGGCAAACUUACCGUCAGCUUUUCAGUGGUCUGGGCUUCAAAAGCUCCCUCCUGACUCAGACAGAUGUGGACCAGGCCUUCCAGAGGUUCCUCCAGAGGGCCAACAACACAUCUCAGGAGGACUCCAGUGAAUGGACCGCCAUGUUUGUGGCCAACCGCUUCAAGCCAAAACCAAAGUUCCUGCAGACCCUGAAGCAGUCGUACUUCACAGAUGGGUUCAAUGUGGACUUCACCAAAGCCACAGAAAGUGCUGAUACCAUCAAUAAGUACGUGGAGGAGAAGACCAACGGGAAGAUUGACAAGCUGGUGGAAAACCUGGAUCCAAACACAGUCAUGUAUCUCAUCAGCUACAUCUACUACAGAGGAAAGUGGGCGACUCCGUUUGACCCUGAGCUCACUGAGCAGGACGACUUCAACGUGGACGAGAACACCAAGGUUCCAGUCCUCAUGAUGAAUCUGGAGUAUAGUUUCUACACCUAUCAUGAUGACAAGCUGAAGACAACAGUCCUUCAGCUCCUCUUCAACAGCUCCUACUCCAUGCUGCUGAUGUUGCCGGACGUCAUGGCAACACUGGAGAAGGCAAUCUGCCCGAACCUCGUCACCAAAUGGUUGAAGGCUAUGAGACCCAGGAGAUAUAAUUUAUAUAUUCCAAAGUUCUCCAUCAAGACUUCAUACAACCUGAACGAUGUGCUGUCAGAAAUGGGAAUGACGGGCAUGUUUCAUGGUGGUGCAAAUUUGAGAGGCAUUUCCGAAAGGCAAGGACUGGCAGUCUCAAAUGUUGUGCACCAAGCUACGCUGGACGUGGACGAGACCGGAGCCGAAGCUUCAGCCGCCACAGGCCUCGGCUUCGAAAGGUUGGCGGUCAUCCAGGUCUCUGUGUUGAAGUUCAAUCGUCCAUUCAUGGUCAUCAUUGAACGCAACACAAAGGAAAUCUUCUUCUUGGGAAGGAUUAUCAACCCAACCAUCUGAUGGAUCAUCACUUUGUUUGCAUGAGCACAGCUGUUGCUAUUUUUAUAUAAAGGAGUCAGGAAGAA